CAUCAUGCACGCUUGCAUGGUGCAUUCGCGAUUCGGAAUUCGCCCGAGAGGCCAAACGAAAUUUUGCGGGAAAUGUUUGGAAAGCUUCGUUUUGGCAAGACAGACCUUGGGCGCAUGGGGCGGCAGGGUAAAUCAGGUGCACGUGCCAUCUCAUUUCGUCUCUAUCCCUCGAGUCGUUCCCUCAAGUCUCACUCCGUCGCUAUAUCUAAAUACAUCAGGCCUAAUAUACCUUGACGUCGCGUUGGCAGUUUUAUAUACCUCAGAGAAAUAGUAGUUAAAGUACUCCAAGAAGACAUACUUUGGCUCGAUCGGAGUUCACUAAACGUACAGCAAAUGCCAAAGGGCUCGUGCAAGCAGAAUGCAGAGUUCAGAGGUCAAUGAGAUCAAGAGGGCAUGGCUUUAGAAAUCACGGACCAUCGGGGCAAUGGGAUGUCAAUACUCUACAACUUCUCGAUAUAGCUCUCCAGUUCUCGGGAAUGUAGCAGGAUCGGCCUCCGGAGUCAAUCGAUCGAUUGGUAACAAAACCAAGAAUCGAGUGAUAAGUAACGCGGAUGGGCCUCACAUUAGCGUACUAUGUCCUGUUGGAGACGCUGAACCCAAGCCCAAGCCGAAGACGACAAACCCCGCUGCUCCUAAGACAUCGAAGGCAGUCACUCCUCCAAACACGUCGAAAGCUGCUACGCUACCCAAGCCCUCUUUGUCCCUCAAAGCUUCCUCCACCAAGUCGUCGUCCAGCGUAGCUGCGUCCACUACCGCCAACUUCGCAAACAAAUGUGCCCAGAUUGGUCGUCGAGACACGGUGGGUCAGCUUCCCGAACGUCGUGACCUCGAAGAUAUGGGCUCUGUAACUCGCGACCUGCAUGAUCUAAUUGUCAAGCGCGGGGCCAAGUCGGGGACUGGUUGCGACAUCAAGGGCUGGAAGGUUCCAGACCCUUGCUCCGACUACACUUGGGGUGGACCUCUUGACAAACAGGCGCUGAAGCCCCUUACCACGUACGAAUCGGAGCACAUCCUUGCAUGGCAGACAAUCACUGGGUUCCUAGACUAUGUGAACCGAUUGCCGGCAUACUAG